AUGAGUCUAAAAACAGAGACACCAUCACCACCCUUCCCUCGCCAACCAAGAAAAAGAGGCGUCGUUCCCCCUUCCACCGCCGAGGUCAUCGAUCUCUGUGACUCCGACGACGACGACGACGUUAAGGUCCUCAGUUUCAUACCUCCAAAAACCCCUUCCACCAAACGCAGAAAAUUCGAAAGAGGAGAGAGUUCAAAGGACGCGCCGUUCGUCUGCGAAAUCUGCACGGACACCAAAACGACUAGGGACUCCUUCACCAUCACCGGUUGCUCCCAUGCAUAUUGCUCCGACUGUGUUUCCACGUACAUCGGAACCAAGGUUGAGGACAACGUGACCAACAUCAGGUGCCUGUGCCCCGUUCCGGGAUGCUCAGGCCAAUUAGAGGCGGAGAAUUGCCGUUCCAUUCUCCCGGUGGAGGUGCUGGACCGGUGGCUGAUGGCGUCGUGCGAGGCGAUGAUCGCGGCGUCGGAGAAAUUCUAUUGCCCCUUCCCGGACUGCUCUGCUCUGUUGGUGAAUGACGGGAAGGAGAAGGUCAGGGAAUCGGAGUGCCCCAAUUGCAGGAGGUUGUUCUGCGCGCAGUGCAAGGUACCAUGGCACGCGGAGGUCACGUGCGAUGAGUUUCAGAAGCUGGGUAAGGAUGAGAGGGGGAAGGAAGAUAUGAUGCUGAUGAAGCUUGCUAAAGAUAAGAGGUGGAAGAGGUGCCCCCAUUGCAAAUACUAUGUUGCCAAAAUAAGUGGCUGCAGCUUCAUUAGAUGCAGGUGUGGAUAUAGCUUCAAUUACGAUACCCACCAGUUCUUCUCCAUGAAUCUGCGCGACUGGAUUUUCUGGAACAUGCAGGGAGGACCUGCAGCACGAGAUAAGGAGCUAUGGGUGCAGCGUUUUGCAUAUAAUGUUGAUGACUCGGUUUGGGGCACCGGUGAGGCGACGUGUGGCGGUGUUCUUAGGGACAGCUUUGGCCACUGGUUGCAGGGGUUUUGUAGGCGCCUUGGCACCUCUAACCCCCUUUUAGCUGAGCUAUGGGGCAUUCGUCCUGCGCUGGAGGUUGUGUGCCGGGAAUCAUUCACUAAGCUAGUGAUAGAGAGAGAUUCGGCGAAAGCUGUGGCGGCUAUUACAACUUCGACGUCGUUGGUUAGUCCUUUCUUGGACAUGGUGGGUGCUAUUCGCCGUGUGAUCCCGCAGAAUGUGGAGGUUCGGUUCAACCUGGUUCUCCGUGAAGCCAACUGUGGCGGAUAUUCUAUCUAA